AAAGACAUAAAAGAGAAAGGGGGAAAAUCUGAAACUCCCAAAUUGCGUCCUCUCUUCUCAUCUCUCCUAAAUGGGUUUGUUGUUCCUUCGAAGUGUAAUCAGGACAAGUUUUUUGUAGAGGAUAUUGUUGAAUUUGGUUGGCAGUUUAGGUUGGGGUUGGAAGCUGGAUCGAAGCCUGAAUUGCUUUUGGCUUUGAGCUGUUUGUGUAAAGGUAACAGAGAAGCUUUUCUGGUUUGUAAUGGAUUCAAAGACAAUUUGGUUGGGAGGAAGCUUGCUUUGAACGGUGUUAUUGCUCUUGAGCAAGAGGAAGAGCUUAAUAUGGUGGUUGAGAUUAGCAACAAGCUUUAUAUUCGUCUUGAAUUGCUUGCUGAUGGUGUUGGGGAAGCUGCACAAAUUUAUCUAUUGCUUAUGGGUUAGAAGAGUAUGUUGCAGAGCUAUUGUUCAUGCUGUGUAGUUUUUUU